CUGCGCAUAUGUGGCCCCGUGGGCGAGUUAGCGAGUAGGGAAAGGGAGAGCGACCCCCGCAUAUCCGUGGUUCUGAUUUCAGCUGAUCUCAGCCCGGAUUGAAAGCAGGAUGCUGGUCGCCGUGUGCCGUAUCCUGUCCGCCUGACCAGGGCGUCAACUGACGCAUAGGAACACCAGCAUAAUAUUAUGCGAUCAGACACCUCUUAGGACGAUUCCAUACGUUACCUCCCUAUUGAGCAUUAACAACAAUGGCGUCAAGUACUUCGGAAUCUAAAAGAUCUAGUCUGUUAACCUAUGAAGAGAACGACAUCAUAUUUUCCAUACUAGGGGUAAAAUGCACUGCGUUGGCGACUACAGUGGCAGAGCUGUACUUUUCCAGGGGACGCUACGGCAACGACUGGCAGUUCAAAGAUUUCGGUGUUUUAUGCUUGGUUAAAGACAAUUGUAAAAAGUCUUAUUUUUUCCGAUUAUACUGUCCACUACGGAAAAAACUCCUCUGGGAACAUGAAGUCUACAAUAAUUUGACUUAUUUGAUGUUAUCGCCGUACUUAUACGCCUUCGAAGCAGAGGAUUACAUAACUGGCUUUAAUUUUGCUGAUGAGGAAGAAGGGGCUCAACUUAAGGCAAUUUUGAUGCACAAAUUGGAAUGGAAACGUCAUAAAAAAGAGAGAAAACGUGAGCAUAACAACAAUGUAGGUGGAACGAGGAAACCACCAGAGCCUAAUGGCUAUUUUCCACCAGCCAUAGAUACAACUACGUCUAGUGCAAUGCCACUAAUAGGGAAAAGGAUCUCUUUUCAAGGAACCAAGAAAAAGCUCACCAAAGAAGACAUUGGCAUUCCUCUCCAUUUUCGUCAUAUCUCACAUGUCGGAUGGGAUCCAGACAGGGGUUUUGACUUAAACAAUCUGCAAGACCCUGAGCUUAUAGCAUUUUUCAAAAAGGCUGGAGUCUCAGAGCAUGAUCUAAAGGACAAGGCUACACAGUUGUUCAUUUAUGAUUUUAUAAUACAAAACGGAGGUCUGGAGGCUGUGAAAGAAGACAAUGUUGUGAAAACUUCGACACAUGCUAGAGGAAAAGCUCCGCCGCCACCUCCAUCCAGGGCUCCUCCUACAACACCACCACCUCCUCCGCCAGCACCACCAAUUAGGACUUUGCCACCAAGAAUUAUGCCUCCGAGUGCCAAGCCUGCAGCCGUUCCACCUCCUGCACCACCAGUGCCUCCACCACCUCCAGACCCAUUACCGCCUGUGGCUGAUUCCUCGGCUGAUUCCUCUCCUCGUUCAGCAUUGAUGCAAGCUAUCAAGAUUGGCACAACAUUAAAGCCUGUGAGCGGUUUAACCACCGAAAGCAAAAAACAGUCUGAUUCAAGGGGUGAACUGAUGGAAAUGAUCAGACAAGGUGUCGAACUCAAAUCAGUCAGUACCUCUUUAAACACCUCUCAGCCACCUCCUCAACCUACAGAGCUGAACAGUCUCGCAGGAGCCCUUGCCAGAGCAUUGGCAGAAAGGUCGAAAGCUAUUUACAGUGAUAGUAGCGACUCAAGUGAUGAGGAAGAGGAAGAGGAAGCCGAGUGGGAAUGAGUAUUUUAUUUGUAUAAAGUAUUUGUGUACAAUCGCAAUUAUUAAUUUAAUCAUUGUAACGUGAUGAUUGUUAUUGAGUUCUUUAUUGAUUAUUUACUAAUUUAUUUUCAUUAUUUCACUAUUUAAAAAGAGCAAAACAUUUAUACAUAUUUUCUGUUGUUGUUUAUUAAAUAAUUUUGAAAGAAAAAUUUGGUAUGUAAAUUUUGAGGCAAGAUUUUGGAUUACGUUGUUUUAAUAUUUUAAAGCGUGGCCAAUAUUGCCAUAGGACUUUUUUACAUCAAUUAACAAUAUUGUACUCACAUUUUAAUAAAUUGUAUUCUAGUUGAAUAAAGUUUAUUUUCUCAUGAA